CUGGCUGCAGGGUUCCUGGGCCCUCCAGGGGGCCUCUGUUGCUCUGGGUGGGGCAGAGAGGCGGGCCUGGUGGCUCUCUUAUCUCCAGAGCCAGUGGUGGCUCCCUGGCCUGUGGCCCCUCAGUUCGGGCUCUUUGCCAUGAGGUCUCUGCUCCUGCUCUCGCUGUUGCUUUUGCUGGCAGCUGCAUACUUGGGAGGUGGGAGCACACGGGGGCCCAGGGCGGCCUGGACGCAAGGCCCUGAGGGCAGCCCUGCCUCACCCUUAGAGUCCUCAGCACAGUUCUGGGUGCGUUUAAGUCCCGAGGUGGUGGCUGUGCCACCGGGGGACUCGGUGUGGCUCAACUGCAGUAGCAGCUGCCCCCUGCCAGAGGGCUCUGGACUCAUCACCCGGCUGCGGCAGGGCAAGACACUCGGUGGGCCCGGCUGGAUGGCCUACCAGCUGCUGGAUGUGAGGGCCUGGAGCUCAGACGUGCGUUGCUUCAUCACCUGUGACGGGGAAACUCGUUGGGCCAAGGCCAGAGUCACCGCCUACAAGCGACCCAAGAGCGUGAUCCUGGAGCCUCCUGUGUUAGUGGGCAGCAAGUACAUGCUGCGCUGUCACGUGACACACGUGUUUCCUGUGGGCUUCCUGGUGGUGAUGCUGCGCCAAGGUGGCCGAGUCAUCUACUUUGAGAGCCUGGAGCGCUUCACAGGCCUGGAUCUGGCCAAUGUGACUCUGACCUACGAGUUGCGCCCCGGGAUCCGCCACCUUUGGCAGCCCAUAACGUGCCACGCUCGCCUUAAUCUCAGUGGCUUGGUGGUCCGCAGCAGCUCGGCGCCCAUCACGCUGACCGCCCUUGCUUGGAACACCAAGUCCAAAGCCUUGUCCUUAGCGUCCAUCGCAGCCCUCCUGGGGAUCGUUCUCAUCGUGGGAGCCACCUACCUGCACAAGUACCUGGCGAUGCGUGCCCAGAUGUAGUGCCUGGGGAGUGGUCCACCUCCGCUGAGCCAAAAGGGGGGAGGGGAUUUGGAGAGCCUUUUGGGGAA